UGCUUACUUACAGGGGCUUAAUACCAGUUGUAUUUAAAAGACUGCUGGUGUCAAUAUCCAUUAUCCCAUACCCGACAAAGCGAUGAGUCUGUUUCAUACUUAAAUCCUAUAACCUGUGCUGCUAUUGAGUAACAGCAAUGGAUGAUGACAACACCGAUAUUCUUCAUCGCCUACCUAUAGAUAAAAACAUUCAGAACAAGCAUACCCUGCUUCAUCAUGAUGGAACAUCCGCAGCUCACAACGACGAUCUCUUCAACUCCAGAAGCACUGUCGACGUGGCUCUUAAUUUCCUUGCAUCGGCCAGUAAUGAAGUACUUCUAGGUGUUAUUGCAUGUGCAACUAUCACCGCUGCCUUUAUUCUAGGAAAGUUUGCCUUCCUCCUGAUCGGAGCUCUUGCUGGGUUUACCUUGCAUGCCUCCUGGGAGAAUACAUCCCAUGAAAUAGCCGGUGGAAUAUUGAGAAAGAACCAAUCAAAGAAGAUCGAACUGUCACAAGCAUUUCCAAGCCGAUUACUCGAUUGGGAAAAUGGGAAACCUCAUAGCAGUGAUCAACAGGCGGAUGAGAGAGAGAGACGGACUGAGAGCAUGCAUACAAUUGACCCUCAUUUCUCUUCAUUUGGACCGAAGACAGCUGCAUCCUUAAGGUCAAUCACAGAUGAGAUCCUGAAUAAAUAUGUGAACCAGUGGUCCCAGCUAAUAUUACCACCCGAAUCGACAUUUACAUCUUCCUGUCGACAUGUGCUGGUCGGCUUCGUUACAAGAUUGGGGCUGCAUAUUUCCCGCAAACGACCCGCGGACACCUUCAUGGAGCUUCUCCUUAACUCUAGCUCCGUCAUGAUUGUGUUUUUGAAUGAGUUGUCUGCUGCCUUCAGUGCUGCUGAAUUUGCGGAACCACCCGAGCGAUUCAUCUCACGCUAUCUAGAUCUGCAUCCAGUCAGCAAUUUAGCAAAUAUACUCCAAAAAGAACAGCAGCGGAAAAAAUUGAACAUGGUAGCAGAAGAUAUUCUGUCGGGAUACCUCGAUCCGAACGUCCACGAUUGCGCCCUGAUUAGACACUUUCUUCGCGAUGUACUCUCCAGUAUGUUGUCCGACUCGGUCGUCUCCGCUCUCUCACAGCCAGAGACCAUUAAUGCCUGGAUCGUACAACUUCUUGGAGAAGGUGAAUCCCAGAUAAUGCACGCGAUAAAUGUCGGUGUUGAUAAAGCCAGAAAUCAAGACUUGACAGUCCUCGAUGAUACCAGUCGAAUGACAAUGUCUGACUGCAAUUUCACGCCAUGCAAAGAUAACGCUAGUCCACAGCGAGAUUUUGACUCCCCUACUUGCCAAAUGACAACAACUGAAAAUAUAGAUGCCGCAUCCUUCGAGCAACACGGUUCAGCUGAAUCCCCGCAGAGGGGGGAGUUUCCAAAUCUCGCACAAAACCGUGGUCGUGCGGGAGCUCCUUCUGUGACGAGCAACGAAGGCACGAGUUGCCCCCUUCCCGGUAUAGAUUUUCACAGCCAACUGUCACUUGUACAUGCAAAAAAUCACAUGACACUAGAAGCAGUGGAAGGUGGAAAUUGCGAAAAGUCAGCGCGUGCUCUCCCACAACUAUCAGCGUCACCUGCUGGCGAUAUAGUCUUGGAUGAAGAGGCAUCAUCCCUACAUAUGACAUUUCACCGUGCCUAUUUGAGUAUCGAUCUUGGUAUGGAUUCGGAAGGUGGUGAACACUUUCGAUUUAAGCCAACAUGCGACUUUUUGCUUCAAAUAGAACCGCAAUUCACAAGGUCUACCGGCUGGAUGGUGUUCAGGAAGUAUGCUGACUUCGAAUCCCUUCACAAUACCCUGAAUACGAUCUCGAGAUUGAACAAAGUUUAUGAUUUCAUGAAUCUUUUUCCAGCUCUACCUUCGUGGAAAGGUCAGACCAGACUAGGUCUAGCCAAAAGACUAGAACAGUAUCUUCGUUGUGCCCUUGAGAUUGGACCACUCGCCGAAAGUGAAAAAAUGAAGUGUUUCCUUAACAGAGAUGGCAGCAUGGGUCCUGGUUCAAUCGCUGCGUCAAGGAAGGUGGGACUUCCCCUUCCGGUCCAAAAUACACUCGAGGCAAUGGGAAAAGGCGUUCUCGGUGUGUUCGCCAACGCGCCUAAGGGAGUGUCGGGACGUGUUUUUGAAGGCAUGACUGGGGUAUUCGGGAGUGGAGGCGGCAAAGAGCUUGCUCCUGGCGCUGAAUGUAGCAGCUCUGAUCCUGAUUCUUCGGUCGUUGGCCAGCACCCUAUUGUCACUCAAUCGAAUGAAAUUUCGUGUGACUCGGCCCAACCCAUGCUACCCGAUAAUAGAAAUCAUUCGAUGCCGUCACAACCUUCUGCAGAUGCAAAGCCUUCAGACAAUCUCCGGUCGUCGGGAGCCAAACCGUCUGGCGUGUCUCAAGCAGCCGCAGUUGACAGCAAUAAUUCGAAACGCCCGGCUUCCAAUAUAUUGGGUUCUGAAGUCGAUUCCUCAAGCUUUGGGGAGUGCUCCUUAACAUCAAAGAUGCUUGGUGCAUCUGGUGAUAAAGUUGACCGCCGCACAGAACGAGAGAGAAGAAUCCAUGGCAACUGUAUUACACGGGAGGAAACCCGGACAGCCCUGGAACUCAUCUUUGCCGUGAUUAAUGAACUGUACACAUUGUCCUCGGUCUGGGAAAUUCGCCGAAGGCUGCUCAAUGCCGCCAAGUCUUACGUGUUGCGCCCAGGAAACCCGAACUUGGAGACGAUCCGCGAGCUGUUUCAGGAGUCUAUUAUCAAUUCCCAUGUUUCUGAUGACGCAAUCGGAUCGUACCUUAUGAAGCUUCGUGAAAAUGCUCUUCCCACGGAAGCUGAGAUUACGGACUGGCAUGAACCUAUGAGUGGGCCAGAGAAAGAGCGCUUGAAAGAGACUGCGCGAAGGCUGUUUGUUGAAAAAGGGCUACCGCAGGCCCUCACCGGUGUCAUGGGAACAGCUGCUAGCAAAGAAGCUUUGGGUAAGCUCUUUGAUUGUCUUCAGGUCAGAGUUAUCGCACAGGGAUUUAUGUUUUCUCUACUUCUACAGUUGUUGAGGGCGAUUAUCUGUUAGCUGUAUAGGCACCACACACAUACUGAAAUAUGUUAACCCCGACACAUCAGCAGAAGUGGAUAAGAAUCAUCUUCCGAUAGAUGUAUUGACUGUGUCUUGCUGACCUAGAUUCUUACUUCUUGUCCCACCGCUUGGACAUGGCUUUGGAACCUCAUGUCUGAAUGUGUCGGCGUUUCAACUCAGGCCCGGUUCAUGUAAUCAUCAGUAUAGACCCUAAUUAUACUCAUGAAUGCCGAGAUGGAAUUUUCAGAUUAAAGACAUCUCUUAUGAUCCCCUCAUCGACUCCUUAGGCUUUUUCAUAGGCAGAGUGGUAACAUUUUGGCGUCUGAGAUACUACAUAACCGGAACUCCUUCUCACUAGAACAGCUUGUAACAGACCUUAGAUGU